CGGAAGAUAUACUGUAAAAAUGCGAAUUCGUUUCGCAAGGGAAAACAUUUUCAUUCAGUUUUGAGCUGUGAAGAUGGCAAAUAGGACUGUUAAAGAUGCCAACAGUAUACAUGGAACAAAUCCACAAUACUUGGUGGAGAAAAUUAUUCGUACUCGAAUCUAUGAAUCAAAAUACUGGAAAGAAGAAUGCUUUGGACUGACGGCUGAGCUUGUCGUUGACAAAGCCAUGGCGCUGAAGUUUGUCGGUGGCGUUUAUGGCGGAAAUAUCAAACCUACACCGUUCCUGUGUCUCACUCUGAAGAUGCUGCAGAUCCAGCCAGAGAAAGACAUCAUUGUAGAAUUCAUCAAAAACGAGGAUUUCAAAUAUGUCCGCUUGCUUGGCGCCAUGUACAUGAGGUUGACUGGGACAUCAGUGGAUUGCUAUAAAUACCUGGAACCACUGUACAACGACUACAGAAAAAUCAAGAGUCAGAACCGAAAUGGGGAGUUUGAGCUGCAACACGUUGAUGAGUUUAUUGAUGAACUGCUACACUCCGAGAGAAUGUGUGACAUCAUCCUUCCCAGGCUUCAGAAAAGGCAGGUUCUUGAGGAGGCGGAGCUGUUAGACACACGCAUCAGUGCCCUGGAAGAAGACCUGGAUGAGGUGGAGACCAGCGAUGAGGAAGAUGAGGAAGAGGAGAAGACAGAGAGAGUUCAGACCCCAGAGCCCCACAGACGGAGUUACCGAGACAACGAUCGGCCUCGCCGCUCGCCCUCUCCACGCUACAGACGCAGCAGUCGUUCACCCAGACGGAGGAGCAGAUCACCUAAGAGACGAAGCCCAUCCCCCAGACGAGAACGUCACCGCAGCAAAAGCCCCCGUCGCCACCGCUCCCGAGAGAGACGUCACCGCUCAAAGUCCCCAGGGCAUCACAGAAGCCACAGGCAUCGCAGUCACUCCAAAUCCCCAGAGAGGAGUUCAAAAAAGAGCCACAAGAAGAGUCGAAGAGGAAACGUGUGAUCCACUUUGUAUUUUGUUCUCUUCGACAGUUCCCUUUUCUGACUUGUACAAAUUUGGCCACAUAAAUGUCCAUCUGUGUAUGGAAUCCCUUGUAUUUUGUUUUCGAAAGUAAUUGCAUUUUAAGAUAUUUUCAGACCAUGUUGCAGAAAGAAUCAAUCUCAAUUUUAUUUCUAAAAUCUGCAGCUCAUAUGGAACUGUCCACACCCUAUGCAUCGGUGAAUAAAGUUGCUUGGUGGUUUGAACAUAGACUGAGAAUGUCA